UCCUCCUCCUCCUCGCGCGCUCUUAUCCGCGAGCGUUUAAAACCCGUCCCUCAACAAACUACACUCAUUCACUGGAUUUAAUCAAGCAGUUUAAUUGUCACUAACGUUAUUUUAGGCAUAGACCCGGAGUAAAACGCUUGUUUCAUUUUCCAGGUAAGAGCAGCGAUGUAUUUCUCUCUCUGGGACCCAGUGCUGGGUUUCAAGUACAAGACAACAAUGGAUUUCAUCUACUAGGUUGUUUUAAGAGAAAUCAUCGAACUGGACCUAGCUUUGAAGUCCGUCCCGUUCGUGCCACCACUGGCGGUCGAGGCUGUUAACCUGGGGUCAUGUCAGAGACUGGACGGCUCUUCAGCAGUGGCUCGGACCAAGAUGACAAGCAACCGCUGCCAAGGAACAGUGUGAAUAAAGAGACAGGAUGGGGACACGCUGCUGCGCUGGACAAAACAGAGGACUUUUUCCAGAUCUGUGACAGCGAGGGAAAAGGAUUCAUCACACGUACAGAUAUGAGGAAGCUGCACAAUGAGUUGCCACUCACUACUGAGGAACUGGAGAAUGUCUUCGACUCACUAGAUCUUGACGAAAAUGGAUACCUGACUCUAGGAGAGUUUUCCUCUGGAUUUAGUAAUUUUCUUCAGGGACGGAGAGCCUCUGCCACGGAGGAGCUGAUGACUACACCCUCGCAUAAAGAUCGAGAGGCUCCCGGUCGGAGUUCAGGGGAUAAAGAGCAGUCAGAGAACGAGGACGAUGAAGAGACGCAUUUCAGCAUGUUGAUGGAGAGCUUGGGUGCCAGUAAUGUGUUUGAAGAGCCGAGUGAGGUUCGCAGCCUGUGGGCUCAGCUCAGGAAAGACGAGCCUCACCUCUUGUCCAACUUUGAAGAAUUUCUUGCCCGUGUCACGCAUCAAAUCAAAGAGGCUCGACAAGAGAGGAAAGAGAUGGAGAGCGCCCUCAGGAGGAAAGCAGUCACACAUGACACUGAAAUAUGCAGAUUAUAUGAAGAAAUGGAGCAACAGAUUAUUAAUGAAAAAGACAGAACAUUUGUGAAGGACUCCAAAACUCUGCAGUCACGCAGUCAAGACCUCCAGCAGCGGCUCCGCUCUAAAGAACAGGAAUUGGAGCAGCUUUUCCAAAAACAGAGAAGGUUAGAGCGACAAUGUCGUGACCUUCAUAGCGAGCACCAGGUGAGUCGACUGGAGAAUGUCAAGCUGAAAAUGACCAACGAGGAGCUGUCUCGUGAACUUGAGCACACCUGCCAGGAGCUAGUGUUGGCUCAGGAGCAGCUGGACGUUCUGCAGGAGCAGGCCUCUCGACUGCAGCAGGAAAGAGAGAUGGAGAUGUACAGAAUCACAGAAGGCUUGCAGAGAGAAAAACAGAGCUUAAUGAAACAGCUGGAUCUACUCAGAGAAAUGAAUAAACAUUUGCGAGAUGAGCGAGACAUUACCUUUCUGAAACGCAGUAAUUCAAUGAAAAAAUCUUCUCGCAAACAAAGACUGAACACAUCCUCAGUGAAAUACACUGAGAGAAAACCAUCUGUCAGGAAAGAAGUUGAUAAAGAGGAAGUGACCCAGCGUUCUAACAGGAAGACCCCCUCUUUACGAAACGGUCUCUGUUCAUCCUUCAGCACAGGGGAUGAUGGGAAGCCGGAGGUGGAUGGGCCGUCUGAAGAUGUAGCUAGAGACUCAGAAGGUGUGAAUGAUGGAGUGGAUGUGGAGGAUGCUCCACCGGAUGGAUGGCCUCUACGUAGAGUCAUAUCCAUCGAAGAGGACCACCUCCCACACCUGCUGCAAGGAGACCCUCACCUCCUCCUCCAUCAGCUAAGUGAGGAAGAAGAAGAAGCUCAGGCCAAUCUAGAAACCAGCUCCCUGUAUCCAUCCAAUGCGUCCCUGGCCUCUGCUGACUCUCCGCCACCAGUUAGACUGAAGAAGCCGUCUAAGAAGAAAUGGAUCAGAGGAAACAUGCCCUCAUCCGCUGCACGGGGUCAGCCAGUCGGAAAGGAGACCCUCCAGCAGGGUCCUGCAGAACGAUCCACUGCAUCCCCUCAGCGCCUCUUCAAGGUGAUUCUGGUGGGAAAUUCCAGCGUUGGCAAAACCGCACUGCUGCGACGCUUCUGUGACGGACAGUUUCAUUCCUCCACCGCCGCCACUGUGGGCAUUGACUAUAGCGUGCGAACCCUAAAUUUGGGGGACAGUCAUGUGGCUCUUCAGUUAUGGGACACAGCAGGUCAAGAAAGGUAUCGCAGCAUCACCAAGCAGUUUUUCCGUAAGGCAGAUGGCGUGGUGGUCAUCUAUGACAUUACAAUGGAGGACAGUUUCAGAUCAGUCCGGCCCUGGCUGGAAAGCAUACUGGAGGCUGUAGGCGACCCUAUACCCGUCAUGCUCCUCGGCAAUAAAUCGGACAAGGAGAGCGAGAGAGAAGUGCAGACAAAGGAGGCCGAUAUGCUAGCAGAGGAAGCUAACUUGAUGUUCUACGAGUGCAGCGCUUAUACUGGAGCUAAUGUGCUGGAGGCCAUGAUUCAUCUGGCCAGGGUCCUCAGGGAGCAGGAAGACCGAGUAUGGGUAAACACAGUCAGACUGGUGGAUCAACCAUUGAAGAAGAAGUCCUGCUGCAAGUGAUCACACACACACACACACACACACACACAUAAAAACAUGCGGAUGAAAUCACUUUAAGCUUCACGUUUCUUCUUCAAGCCCAAUUAUAUUCAGUAGAAAUAAUUUAAUGUAGGCUGAAAGACGACAAAUUCACUAAUAUUUGUUUUAAAAAUAGUAUAAAGUGUAAAGUUUUUUCAUGUCAAUUUUACAGAGCAUUGUAUAUGUGUGCUCAUCUGACGUGUGUCCAACUGUAGAUGGAGUAUAUUAUAUAUUAUCAGGAACGUUUAUCAAAUGCAGUUAUCCCAUACAACAAGUGAGUGAGAAAAAAGUCAUUCGAGAGAAAAUGUGCUUGUUUGUUACUUUCCAUUUAUUUAGCAUUGCAAUAGCCUCAUUCAACCCACCUGAAGUCUUGCUAGCUUCAUGAAACCUAGAUUUCAAACUGGCCAGUAAAACCUCAUUUGCUUGAACAAGAAGUGUUUCAGUUACCGUUCGUAGAGAGAGUUCAGCUGAUGACAACAACACGAAGCACUAAAAUCUUCAAAUGUAUUAUUGAGGGAAAACCAUCGUCUGGAUUCAGCGUCGAGCAUGCUGUGCCUCGUUCGUUGUCUUCAUCUGAACCGCUCAGGGAUCGCUUUACACAAAGGUUGUAUGUGACAAUGACCUGACAACUGACCAAAAACACAAAACCAAAAAAUAUUAAAAAGUUAAAACUGUCACGUUAUGUCACGCUAAAAUAAUAAAUAGGUCUUGCUUUUGACAAGAAUGAUUUAAAAUAGUGUAGCUGCUCUUAGAAAAGAAUUAAAAUAAAGGCAGACGACAUGCCAGUGGUCACUAUAUUAAACGACUCAACACUAACCCAAUAAAUAUAACGCAAGAAAAGCACUUAAAUAGAAGCGAAACAUCAAAUAUGAAGUGAAAAAUGCCAUUCAUGCUCUUCUCCGAACUGAAGCCUUUGUUCGAUGAGGCACUGUUGUACGAUUUCUCAUUGCAAAUACUGUUCGGUGACACUUUCCUAUCUUAUAAGGUUAAAUAAACACAAGCUUUGACAUUCUCGGA